GUCUCUGAUAUCAACAGCUGAGCUCCAUUGACAACAGCAGACGACUACUUCCGUUUCCGGUUCUCCGUAUCAUGUGAACGAUCACACGGUCACGUGAUUAUUACUCUCCAAAAUGUCUUCGACUCGAGGCUUCCGUUCCUUCUGCUCUUCAGCCUUUCUGCUGCUGCUGAUCUGCAACAGUGCUCUUGUUGUUCUUGGUGAUCUACUUCACAUAGCACAUGCCCCAAACUAUGUCACCUUUUUUGAAAGGCCUACCAAAAGUCUGUCAACCAGCAAUAUUCCCAAGAUGAUUUCUCAUUCCUUUGGACUUUCUUCUUCCCCAAUGGACUGGGAUGGCAUGUUACAAGGAUCACUUUUCAAGAAACCAAAAGCUAAUGUGAUGAUGACAUUGUUGGGCUACGAUGGAAUUGAGCAGUCACCAGUAAUGCCAAAAGCAGUUGUUAAAUACACUGUUCAGAAUGAUGUUCCAUUUGUGGAUUUCAAUCAAGUUGUUGAUUCUCUCCUGAAGAAUUCAUUUGAUAUGGACCCUUUAACAGUUCAACUUAUGAGUGACACCCAGACAGUGGAUGUGCGGUCAGAUCAUGACGCUUUCAAGAAUAUGUUGUUUACGCCAUCAAAACUCUUUGACCGUUUGUUUGAAACCGAUUCUGUGAUGAGUCAGUUUGAUAUUGGUACUGUGAAUGUAAGCCACAGUUCUGACGCAACAUUAUUAGCUGAGCUUCAGAUGAUUAUGGACAUUAUGAAGAAGUUAAAAGAUAAUCCCACCUACACAAGAAGCAAAACUCCAGACUUCUUCUCGUUUUCCCUGACUGGGUUGCAGAGAAUGGCUGAACAACAUGGCAAAGAUUCGCCAAAGCUCCUCUCUGCUACUAAUCUUCUCAAUCAAUUUGUUGACAAGAUGACCUCUGACUUCCGCAACCUCUACGACGAUGGUGUCAUUGUUGAGGUCCUCAUCACCCAACCCAUACAUGGAGAUGUACUGCACAAAACCAGAAGUUUGAUGCAGGUCAUUGAGGCAAAAUCCAAUUCCACCCUAAACCUCGUUGGAAGCUACUCUGACAAUUACUCUUCCAUUUUCAACAUCAUUCUGUGGGGUAUGAUUGUGCUGAUGGUGGCCCUUUUCGUUAUAUCCUACGGCAUUUGGAACAUGGACCCAGGCCGUGACAGUGUUAUCUACAGAAUGACCAGCCAGCGAUUGAAAAAGGAAUAAUUCUAGAUUUGGGGUUUUUUUCCUUCUGCAUCUUAGAAAAUGAAUUGAAAUUUCUGAGUGAAAGUUUGUUUGCAGAGGCUUGGGACAUAUUUCGGUAUUGACAGCAGUGAGGGGGUUGUUAAAGCUGUCUUACUGAUGUGGUGUGUGUGUGUGUGUGUGU